AUGGACAAUGCGGUCGAGGAAACUACGGACUUACCGAGUGUGGGACAUUGGUUUCACAGUAAGAUCUUUGAAUUAAGCGAUUCAACUUUUUGAUCCGUUUUUGCAGCUCUUCCCACGGUCUACAUUAUUUUCAUCGCAUUAUGCAUCCUUCUUUGGUUCGGAAUCGCGGCGAUGACAUGCAUUUUGGUUCGAAAUGUACAUUUCCAUGUACCCAACGAGACAGUGCAGAGCGAUCUAUACUUCAUUAUAUUCAUACCAUUAGUAGGUUGACCCCCACUUCUUUUGGAACUGAAAAUUCCUUCCCAAUUGUGAACUGCAGGUCGUAUCGACGUGUUGCGUCUUCGGAAACAUUCUCGUUCGUGCUUCGGCUCUUCUCUACGCCGUUGCACUCACGUUCGUAAUUUUUCUACUUUUUAAAAAAGUUUUCCACAGAAGUCUGAAGAUUAAAGGUUCCAAAAAAAUACCACGUGGCAAUGAUGAUUUUUUUUUUCUUUUUUGAACUUUGAGGUCAAGCAUUUUUGAUCGCCAUUCUCAGAAGUUCUGUUAAUGAGUUUCUCUGUCUUACAGUUACUUACUAAUAUGUCUUCACAUGACUGUUUUUCUCAUCGUACGACUUUUUGGAAAUCGUCGCGGACUCGCGAAAUGGCUCAUCGACAACAACAAAGUACUGAAAUAGUGAAAAAGACAUUACGGCAUUGAUAUGGGAACUGUGUUCAGGUGAUUGUCUUCAACACGAAGCCGUACUGCUGUUGCUGCAACUGUCUUCCCACAAUGAAGCCGACGCCGUGAGACUCCUUCUUUUCGGAAGAAAGACAGAGAAUCCUUCAGGACCCGCGUGAGGAGGAUCAGUUACCUGGUGAAACAGUCUCCGAUUGUCCGAAUCUGCAUUCAACUCGUGCUGAUGGUCAUGGCGGCUGAGGAAAUGGACGCUGACAUGACGUAAGUUCGUCUGUUUCUGAGCAUCCUCGCUGUUCUUUUCGCAGAAUCAGUCAAGUUCUUAACGGAGUUGGGGUCAUAUCAACUCUGCUGGCUGUUUACGUCAGCCACAUCCUUGUCACAACUACUUUGGUAUGGGUUUUAUCCUCUGAUCAAGUCUUCAUUUGGUUACUUCUGAUUUCUUCUUCUGAAAAGUAACGCACAACGGUUCAGGAGCGACUGGAACCAUUCAACAUGUUCACAAUAUUCAAGUGCGUUAACAUCUCGCAGAUGCUCUUCACGUUGCAAAAGUUCUUCCUGGACCUUUUGGCGAAAAACGGAGCAAUGGGAGGCCUGUCGAUGGCGCCGCCGACGACCGUCAGUCGAUGUGAGAACUGACUACGGUCUCGGUCACCGAAGAUCGAAUUUCAGUCUGGCACAACACGGCGAUGACCGUCUGGCUGACCAUCGUCGCCCACGUCAUGGUAAAGAACAUCCGGCCCGGCAAGAGCAAGUUUUUCUGCGACAAGCCAUUUUCUGAGAACGACAUUCCGCUGACAGAUGUUUUGUGAUUUCAAGGGUUUCUAAUGGGUAUGUUCUGUAUGCCAGUCGAUCGCAUAAUUAUCUUCGGUUCCGCUGCCAAUGAGUAAAAGUUACCAAUGAAUAAAAAUAUUCAACUUGCUAAGAUUUGAUUGAAAAAUUCCUGCAAACGGAACAAAAAUGAGACUUCAAAGAUGAAUUUGUUCUGUCUUCUUCGGAUUUAUUAUUGCUAGAAUUUUGUGGAUUGCGCGGAAGUUCGCUCGACUGAGCCCUGCACCUGGAAUCCGCGGCCCACGCCAUCUGAAGACGCUCCAUCCGACGACGCGGAAGUUAUCACCCCUGGCGCAGAGAAGAAACAACUUUCUAGCCCUUCAGGAUGA